AUGGCGCCGCCUACGCACUCGCCCGACACGUCCAUUUCAUCGCAUACCCUCUCAAUCGGCUCCGCCCAGCCGCCACCCAUGGAGCUGCAACCCGCCGCUGUAGCUUCGCCUACAUCGCUACUCGCAAGCCCGCUCUCCUUCCUGCAGCCUACCCCUCAGUUGAAUGCUUCUUUUCUUGCCGCCGCGAAACACUACCUGGACCCCGUAGCUGCUGGUGUGAGCGAGUCGCAGUCUCAGCGGCAGCAAGAAUUGCGCAAGAAACGGAAGCGGGGCGGAGACUACGACGAUGAUAUCCGUGUAUUGCACUUGAAGAAGGUACAUGUGGAAGGCUUUGGCGUAAACCAGGUUUUUGAGCAGACGCGCAAAAUCGUCGAGGCGACGGCAGACGAAAUCGAGCUCGCGCUGCCCGAGGAAGAGGAAGGUCUCGUGCCGGUACUAGAUGGCGAAGAAGAAGAUAAAGAGCUAGAGGAACCGGAGGAGUACCACACCGAAUCGGAUAUAGGCGAAGAGGGCGUAGAUUGGGAAUAUGACGGCGUAGACGACGACGAAGACGAUGUGAGAGCGUCAGGAGAUGAGGGCGAAGAUGUUGAAAUGGAAGAUGAAGAAGAGGGCAUAUUUUCCGACGACGCUUCAGACGACGAACCCGCACAAACCUACCAACCCGACCCGAAUGGUCUAAACGACGGCUUCUUUUCCAUAGACGACUUCAACAAGCAGACCGACUUCCUAGAGCAGCAAGAUCAAAGAGGAGAGGGCGUGGACAGCGAUGACGACGAGAUCAACUGGGAGGCGGACCCCAUGGAGGAUGCUUCGGGCAAGAGCAAAUCUGCAUUUGCAGGAGACGCAUCCGACGAUGAGUCUGAUGAGGGCGGUCCAACCUUUGGUAACGUGGACCUCGACGCACCAGAAGGAGACAGCGGCGACGAGGACGAUAUCGAGGAAGGAGACUUGGACGGUCUGGAUACCGGCAUGAACGCCAACAACGUCAUGUACAAGGACUUCUUCGCGCCUCCAGCACAGAAAGCAGGCAAGAACAAAAACACCAAGAAGCGGGGACGGCCAAACCCUCACAACUUCCCCGAGAAGCAGCAAGAGCAAGAGCAAGAGCAGCCGACCGAGGAGGAAGUAGAAGGGACCAUGGCUAGGGUACACCGUGAUCUUUUUGAGGACGAUGACGACAACGAUAGCGAGGGUGAUCUCUCAGACGUAGACCCUUCAGAUCCAAAGUCAAGACGGUCAACACACGAACGCAGACAAGCCAAGAUAGCAGAAGAGAUCAGGAGGUUAGAGGCUGCCAAUGUUGCCAAACGUCAGUGGCAACUAUCUGGUGAGGCGCGUGCAGCUGAUCGACCGCUCAACUCGCUUCUCGAAGAGAACCUUGAGUUUGAGCGAGCGGGUAAGCCCGUGCCGCUAGUUACAGCAGAAACAUCAGAAGACAUUGAAGCACUCAUUAAGCGACGCAUCUUGGCCGGCGAGUUUGACGAAAUCCCACGCCGUCGACCAGACGACCUCGCGACAGGACCCCGACGCGGUCGUUUCGAACUCGAUGACACCAAGUCUGGCAAAGGUCUCGCCGAGAUCUACGAAGAAGAGCACCUGCGCGAAACCGACCCCAACUUUGUCGAAGCCAAAGAUGAGAAGCUCAAGAAAGAGCACGAUGAGAUCUCCGCAUUAUGGAAAUCCGUAUCCGCCAAGCUCGACUCCCUCAGCUCCUCCCACUUCAAGCCCAAGCCCGCGGUCCCCAAUCUCGAAAUCCGUGUCGACGCCCCUGCCAUCGAAAUGGAAGACGCACGACCCACCGCAGGAGGCGAAGUCGCAACCGCAAGCAUGCUCGCACCGCAAGAAGUAUACAAGCCCGGUGAGGAGAAGAACAAGUCGGAGAUUGUCACAAAGAGCGGUAUGCCCGUCGCGCGCGAGGAAAUGUCGCGAGAGGAGAAGAUGUCGAGGCGACGACGUGCCAAGGAGAGGGCGAAGAAGGCUGGUCUCAAUAAGCCCAAGGAGAAGAAGGUCGAGGGCAAGGAGAAGAAGAGGGGAGAGAAGAAGCAACUGCUUGGGGAUUUGAAGAAGGGUGGUGUGCAGAUUAUUGGUCGCAAGGGUGUGCUUACUGAUGUUGAGGGUAAGGAGGUUAGGGAUGAGGUGAGGAAGGGGGCGGGGAGCUACAAGCUAUGA